AUGGAUCCUACUAGUCCCAAGCACAACCGCAAUAUUUCCAGAUCAGCACGGCCCCGUAGCUCUACCAAAGGCCCACUAGAUGAUCCGAAUGAUCCACUGAAUGCAGAGGUUGCACUUCAGCCCCAGAAUACAGCAGACGCUGGCGGCUACACUGGGGCUUCAUUCACUGAAUUAGAUCCAUUAGCACCGGAUGAUUUACCACAAACUUUGGAGAAAGAUCUUUCGUUCCUUCUCCGAUACGAUAUUUAUCAUUCGCUCUCUCAGGUUGACAUUCCGCAUACUUUGCGGUCUGAGUUCAUUGGCCUCACAUCCGAAGAGUCCCUGUCUUCAUGCCUCAGCACUCUUGAGAGGCUGCUGGCUGAAGGGCACUUCCUGCUUGCAGCCUAUCUUUCGGGAACGAUCUUGACCUCCUCUUUGAUUUCGUCUAGUGAUAUAAAGAUGAUUUUCUCGCUUUUCUACACACGAUUAGCAUGUCUGGAACUAUCUGGAAAUACUAUCAUUGCAGCACAAGAAUCAAAAGCGCUAGAGGACCUGAGCUCCACUUUCUAUUAUGUGGACCAGGCUCCCGCGACGUCCGAUGUAGAAAACGAAGAGAGCCACACAAAUUACCCUCGUCAUAUUGUGCCGUGGCCGCUACGUGUUCUCGCUGUCAGGCUCCAGAGCAUUGGGUUUGGUGAUUCACGCAGGGGCAUUGGUGGCCUAUAUGAGAUUGGACUAGAAGCGCGGAGAGAGAUCAUGCGGCCAGACCUGAGUUCGGCGGAACGAAGUAUAUGGAAGGAGAGACUCGCCGACCUUGGAAUUCGAAGUGUAAAUGCAUUGAUUGAAAUGGGUGAUCUCAGUACUGCCAGAAGGUCUCUGCACAAUCUGCAAACAUCAGGGUCGGAUGAAACCAACAAGCUAAGAAAGGCGCUCCUUUUCCUUCUGAUUGGCGAUAUCGAUGCAGCGAAGCAACUUUCCGGUGAAUCAGACGAAGCAGGAAUUUCCAUAUCUAAGCCACUUCUGAGCAUGGCUGAGGGCCGCUACGAUGAUGCAGUAGCAGAAUGGCAAGCUCUUUUAGACGGUGGUUCCCAAGGGGCCGAUACAGCCAUAAUAUCCCAAAACAUGGCAGCCCGUCAAAUCCUGGAGUCAUUGGUGCAUGGAGGACAAUCUUUUGGCGGUCUUAUCUUUAACCUGUCAACAGUCUACGAGCUCUGUUCAGACAAGUCCGGGCAGUUGAAGGCCGGACUUGUAGACCUUGUUGCCAAGGAACCUGCCACAGGACACACCAACUUGGAUCGACCCAAUGCAGAUUUCAAGCUGUGA